AUGGGCGCCGCGUGCAGCCCAUGCAGCGACGAGGACCCGGGGUACCAGACAGGAGGUGAGAGCACGCUGAGCUCGCCGGAGCUGCAAGGCACUUGGUACCGCCGGGUGGGGGGCGCUGAGGUUGGGCAGGUGUCCAGGGGCUGGAUGCACUGGCACACCCACAAGCCGCUGCCGCCCUGUCCGGCCAGCGCUUGUGAGAUGCGAGGGGGCUUGGCGCACUUGGUGUACCUGGACCAGACCUACAAGGGUCGCUUGGAGCUGGGUCCGCCCGCGCAGAUCUAUUGGGAGGACGGCGACGUGUGGAUUCGGGGCUCGGGGUCCCGCAGCCUCUCCAAGUCCUCGGGGCGCUCGGCGAAUCUGUCGCCCGACGCGCUGGGCGGGGCCAGCAGCUCGCCGCGGAGAGGCGAUCGGGGAGCGGAUGAGAAUCGCAAAACUCCGAAGUGCAAGGAGGAGUCGCGCACCGUCUCCUUUCAGGGAGUCGAAGCGGAGGAGCUCUUUCUGCCUUUCACCCUGGACAGUCUCACCAUGCCUGUGAUGGGAGGUAACGUGGACGUGAGCUAUGGCCAGAAUGUGCGCGACCAGGGCAUGAACCCGGACAUGGCCAACGGCGAGAACAAUGGAGGAGGAGACACCAAGGUCCGGAAGCUGGAGGAGUCCAAAGAAGGCCGCGAUGGAAAGGAGCAGUUCGGGAAGGCAGACCUGACCGAGCACGAAGCUAAGGCGGUGUUCGAGGACGACGUGAUGAUGUGGAGGUGGAAGAGGAUUGAUGAGAAUGCGGUAUCUUACCGAACCACCCGAAAAGGAGGACCACCCUGGAGGAGCGUGAAGUGGAGAGUAACCGUGGACAAUGACACCGGUGAGGUUCUGGAAAGCGUGGAGGUGACGAACCUAGAAGAGGAAGACCUUCAUCGACUCUUGGACAAGACCCGCAACCUGAGGACCAUCCUGUUCUACGAAAAGGGGACCAAGGGCCAGGAGGGGGAGAUCCAGGAGGAGAAAGGGAGGCUGGCGGACUACUGGACCAAGAGCAUCGAUGGGCGAAUGGAGGCUGAAGAGUGUCCGGUCCCCAUAGACCAGCUGGCGGAUGUGAGGCGCACGGUCGCGAGAAAGGCCAAAGGAGGUGCGUAUGAGACGGUGACCGAUGAUUGGAGAACUGCAGGAGCUGGCGAGCGACUGUUCGAGGAUGAUUCAAGAUGGGCAGGAAGAACAAUCUUCAUGAUCAAAGGAGCGCCUGACCCACCGCCUCGACCAGAAUUGGUGAUAGAAGAAGAGGAGUACGAGCCGGAGUUGCCACCUCUGGAAGCAGGAGAUUGGGACUUUGAGCUGGAAGAUGAGGCCAAGGAGUUGGAGGACGCCCAGAUGAACCCGGCUGAAGCUGAAGAAGAAGAGGAGGGAGGAGAAGACGAAGAAGGCCUUCCACCACUACCAGUGAAGACGCUGUGGUUCAUGAUACCUUUGGUGAGCAAGAGCUCGCGAGAGGUUUUGGAGGAGCCAUAUGAGCUGAGGAGAAGGGUGAGAGAGAAGACUCCAAGGGAGAAGUUAGAGGAGGAUGGAGCGCUGAAGUAUGUGAGAAGGCUGGCACAGCUUGCAGAAGAGGAGGAAAGGAACCUGCUCAAGGACGAGCCUGAGGUCGUGGAUAUCAUCGUCAAGAGUAUCCAGAGUUUGCGGGCAGAGGAGCAGACAGUCAGAGAUGAGACCCCGGAGGCGAAGCUGCACCAGGCCUUGACAGGGGCAAAGCUGAAGGAGCUCAUGAAGUUGAUGGGCAUGAAGGCGAAAGGGGAGAGUGAAGAGGACAUUGAGAAGUCAGCUCUGGUGAGACUGGAGGUGAACAAGUGUCGAGGGCUGGUGGCGGUGUUGGGCUGCUGCAUGCAAGUUCAAGGUGCGGCAGCCAUGGAGGAGAAUCCUGAGAAGAAGGAUGGUAGUGGGGACUACGACCACUUGAAGGUCUUCGGCAUGCUGGUGGCGGUGUUCACGGUCGCGGUCAUGAAGCUGCUAGAGUUGCUGGCGGCAAAGGUACAAGAGCGAUGGGGUGGACCGAGGAUCCAGAGCAUGCGAGUGGAGAAAGUCGAAGAGACAGAGGAGGUCCUCAUCUGGUGCCGGGACUGGCUCAGGGGAACCGCGGCACGGAAUGUGGACUGGAUCGCGGUCACCAAGGGCUACAGCAAGGGCUACAGCAAGGGCUACAGCAAGGGCUACCACAAAGGAACGGGCAAACAGGACGACGGAAUCCCGGUGGAGCCUAGCGUGUUCUACACCAUGACGGGCGAGAAGUACCAUGCCCGCGAGAAUUGCUAUGGUUUGAGGCGGCUGCUCUUCGUUCAUCCGGGAGCAGUGCACAUCACAGGAGAUGGCCUGUGGCAUGUGCUGGAGACGUGCGCUGGGCGGGGAGUGACCUAUCAGCCCUGCGCGAAUUGCAGGCGAUCUGUCAGCUCCAAGGCGCGAGUCACGGACCCCGAGCACUGCAGCACCUGGCGCAGCGUGGUCUCCAUUGGCGACUCGGACUUCGAGCGCCUGGGAACGCGGAUGGCGGCCCAGGUCACCACCAAGACGUUGAAGACCAUGGUCGAGUUAUGGUCUGCGCAAAGCUUUAACUCCGAGAAGUGCACUGCCCCUUUCGUGGAUGCACUCCCGGAGUUCCUUGAGAAGCCGACCACGGAGGAGCUCACCACACAGCACGGCCCUCGGCUGCGGCAGAUUACCACCUGGCUGCCCAACAUUGUGCGGGUGCCUAUGGGCAGUGGCCCGUACCCAGUCCUCGCCCCCGGUGACCUGGAUGUGCAACUCCUUGAUGUAGAGGAUCAUCACAUCAAGGCCUUGGAUGAGCUCCUACGAAGGCACGGCCGCGAGCCGCUUCCCAUGGGCCUUUAA